GCAUGCUGCAUAAGAGUGCAUUUAAUGAGAUUCGCAGUUUAGAAUAUCAAUCAGUUUAGAAACAGCAAGAAGUUAGAAUUGUUUUAUUAUUUGAACAAGUAAAUAAGAAAUAAUGGUUUCGUUUACUAACUUCUAUUUGUGCCUAUUUUUAAUAUAUUUCAUUAAUUCAAACAGUGAUGCGUAUAGAAUACUUGUAAUUUCUCCACUCAAUUCAAAAAGUCAUACUAACAUGUUGGAAAGUGUCGCUAAAGCUUUAGCCUUAAAGGGUCAUCAAGUUGAUGCUAUUUCACAUUUCGAAUUAAAAAAACCGCCAAAAAAUUAUACGACAAUUAUCAAUUUGGACGGUUCAUUAAAAAAAAUGGUGAACACUUGGACAAUGGAAAUGGUAGAACAAUUUCGAGAUAAUGAUUUAGUACAAACAAUAACUGAAGAGUUUGGAAAUAAUUUUUGUGAAUUAAUGGCACUGGAAAAAAUGCAGAAAUUUAUUAAAAAUCCACCAAAUGAUCCUCCCUACGAUUUGGUCAUUACAGAGGCUUUAGGAGCAAAUUGCUUUUUUGGAUUUGGACACGUCCUGAAAGUUCCAGUGGUAAUGGUUUCAGCUGUGCCAGAACUUGUAUGGUUUGAUGAAAUACUAGGAAACCCCAUGUCCAACGCUUACACAGUUAACUUCGAGACAAAGUAUUUUCGAAUUGUAACAUUUUGGGAUCGAGUGAAAAAUCAUUUUUGGGCUCAUUAUAGUAAUUACAGAUUUUUUAAGUACACACAAGAUAAUCAAACCGUGGCCAUGAGAAAAUAUUUAAGUCAGGAUGUACCAAAUAUUAGAGAACUUGAAAAGAAAACAACUCUGCUUCUAGUUAAUGCCUAUCAAAGUUUCUUUGGUAUAAGACCUUUAACUCCCAGUGUGGUCCAAAUUGCUGGCAUACAAAUUGAACUCAGUGAAACAGAAAUGACAAAGGAGCUGAAAAUUUGGAUGGAUGAAAGUUCUCACGGAGUUGUGUUUUUCACUCUAGGAUCUAUGGUUAUUAUUGAAGAUUUACCAAAAGAAAUUUUAUUAGGAAUCUAUGCAGCUUUUGAAAAAUUAUCGCCCAUUCGAGUUCUAAUAAAAAUUGUAAAUAAAGGAAAACUUCCUUCAGGUUUGCCGAAAAAUGUGCUGACAAUGUCUUGGAUUCCACAAAUUCCAGUUUUAAAACACAAAAAUACGAAAGUAUUUAUAACUCAUGGAGGAUUAAAUAGUGUACAAGAAGGCCUUUAUUUUGCCGUGCCAAUGAUUGGUUUACCAUUAUUUGGUGAUCAACCAUUAAACAUCCGGCUACUUGCUGAUAAAAAUGUUGUUUACGAAAUGGAUUACAAAGAUAUUACCGAAAAAUCUUUGAAUAAUGCUCUACAUGCAGUUCUCUAUGAUCCCAAGUAUCGGGAAGCUACUAGACGAGAAUCUCAAUUAUUUCGAGAUCGACCUAUGAGUGCAACGGACACGGCAGUAUUUUGGAUCGAGUACGUUAUAAGAAACGGUGCAAAUUCAUUACGAUCACCAGCAAUGGACAUGCCUUGGUGGAAAGCAGAACUUGUCGAUGUCUACGUAUUUUUCUUUAUUUCCAUUAUUUUAAUAAGCUACAGCGCUUACUUUGUUUUCCGGAAAAUUUUAUGUCUAUUUUGCAAUAUUUUUAAUCCCAGUUCUAAGAAUCAUAGGAAAAAUGAUUAAAAUUUAUCUAUACUGUUUGAAACGAUAUUUACUUAAGCUAUUUUAAGAAAUUGUAAUUAAACAACAUCAAUUAUAUCAUUUUAUUUAAUUAACAUAAAAAUCUUCAUGUCAUAAUAAAAUUUAUUUAUAAUACUUCUUGAGACUUAUAUGAGUAAGGUGAGUCUUAAAAUUUUUGUCUAUAAAAGAUAUCGAAAAGUGGUUAAUCAAAAGUUCGACUCUUUGUCAAUAAUUUUUUUAUUCGAGCACAGAAGUUCCUGAUUAAUUGUUCGGAUGUGCGUUUGUAUUUCCGUUUUUGUGAACACGAUAACUUGAAAACGUUUCAACAAAUUUUAAUAAAAUAAUAAACAUAAAUAAUGAUUAAAAUUAAACAAAUUAUCGGUUAGAUAAAUAUUCUGUAAUAUAAAAAUUUGUUAAAUAGAAAUUCUGUCAGAUAAAAAUUGUAAGAAAUGACAAAUUGUCUAAAGGAAAAUUUUCUGCAAUAAAAUUUUACCUGAUAAAAAUUCACUUUAAUAUGUUAAAUGAGAAUUCGAACAAAUAAAAAAUCAGUGAAGUGAAUUUUUAAUUAUUUAACAAUUUUGUAAUAAUAGAAAAAAUUGGUUUAAUGGAAAUUCUGUCAAAAAAUAAUUCGAACAAAUAUAAAUUAGGCUAUAUGAAUAUUCUUUCUAAUGAAAUUUUAUAAAA